UACGUUAUUUAUUCCUUGUCAUGUCGAAAUCGACGCGAAACAUUGCAGCUCACAGUUAUCGGGUGACACAGUCCCCGCAAAAAUAUGCAUUGCUCGCCAAGGAUGUCAAAGAACUUUUGCAAUUCUUAUCUGUCUGGACACAUAAGCAACCCCGCUCGUGUCUGGAGUGAAGACGUGUUUAUUUGAUGUUGUAAACUGCAAUAGUCAUGGCUUCAAGUGCACACAAAGUGAACGGUAUCAUACGAUCAAAUGAGCCGUUGCCGCUCACAGUCGAUGAACUUAUCACCGCCUGGUUCACCAAGAUUUUCGAAAAACCUGUCAAAAACGCCAAAGUCGUUGACACGAUCCAUGGAACGGCUUCUAAGAUCUUGAUUGAGUUGACGUUCGAGAAUCCUGUUGUUGACAGCGCUAUCAGGAUCUGCGUCAAAGGCGGAUUUAACCCCGACAUUCGAGAAUCUUUGCCAUUCCUUUACGCCAUUUACCGGCUCGAAGCGGAGUUCUACUACUAUCUCGCCCCGAAGCUCAAUAUCCCUCUCCCCCUUACUCUGUAUGCUGGCACAGAUACCGUCAAUGGACAAGGUAUCGUUGUAAUGGCCGACCUCAAAGCUCAAGGCUAUACAUUUGGCAACCCACUUGAGACAUGGCCUGUCCAAAGGACAAGAAAAAGUGUCGAGCAGUUAGCUGCUCUUCAUGCUAGUACCUGGGGAGAUGCCGGAGAUGACAUUCCCUCUCUGAGCGAAACUGUUUCAAUCAGAGAUGCAAUCUCGGGUUUGUUGGCGCCGGAAGAAUGGGCCAAGAGAUUUGCUCUAGAUGCGAGACCACCAGUCCCAAAGUUUAUGGAGGAUCGAGAGCGAAUGACCGCGACGUUCAAGGCUCUUUGGGCAUCUGAUUCCAGUAUGAAGUGCAUCGUUCACGGAGAUGCACAUAUAGGAAACACCUUUAUAUCGCCCGCCGGAGAACCUGGCUUUCUUGACUGGCAGGUCAUUCACGCUGCAUCAGCCUUGUACGAUGUUGCUUACUUCAUCGCUGGCUCAUUAUCGAUCCAAGAUCGCCGCAAUCAUGAGAGGGAUCUCCUCCAAACUUACCUAAGCGCGCUGAACCAUGCGGGAGGCCCGGAUCGUCAGAUCGAGGACGUCUGGGAAGAGUACAGGCGACAAACCUUCCAUGGAUUCGCAUGGGCUCUUGCUGGACCCUUGAUGCAAAGCCGCGAGAUUGUCGACGCCAUGGUGGAACGACACUGCGCGGCGAUUGUUGAUCACAAGAGUAUUGAACUGCUAGAGGGCCGAGAGCUAUAAGGGACUAUAGGCCAUUCACUUCGAAAUGUGCCAAGAAAUGCUCAGAUAGGCAUUUCGUAAGUUUCAGAAGACGUAAACGGGAGCUGGAAACUAUGAUA